AUGGGACAAACUUCGUCAAUAAUGCAUUUUUUUCGCCAAAUUGGAGAUAUUUUAACAAAUAAAAGAAGUAAUAGUCAAAAUUCUAGAACAACACUUACAACUAAUAUUGAUGAUGAUACAAAACGUAUAAUUACAAUAAAUCGUGGACAACAACCAACUAAAUUUAUUACAAAUCAUAUUAGUACAAGCAAAUAUUCAAUUUUAUCUUUUUUACCGAAAUUUCUCUUUGAACAAUUUCGUAAAUAUUCAAAUAUUUUUUUUCUUUGUAUUGCUGUACUUCAACAAAUUCCUGGUGUUUCACCUACUGGAAGAUAUACAACAGCUGUUCCAUUAUCAAUUAUUCUUUGUUGUGCUGCUAUUAAAGAAAUUAUUGAGGAUGUGAAACGGCAUAUACAAGAUGGUUCAGUAAAUAAACGAAGAGUCUUAAUUUAUCGACAUGGAAAUUGGUUAUUUACAACUUGGCAAAAAGUUAAAGUUGGCGAUAUUGUGAAAGUUAUUGAUAAAGAAUUUUUUCCGGCAGAUCUUGUUUUACUUUCAUCUGGUGAACCAAACUCAAUAUGUUAUAUUCAAACGUCUAAUCUCGAUGGUGAAACAAAUCUCAAAGUUCGACAGGGUUUACCACAAACAGCUCAUAUGAUAUCAAGUGUACAAUUAAGAGAUUUACAUGGUGUUAUUGAAUGUGAAUUACCUAAUCGAAAUUUAUAUGAAUUUGCUGGAACAUUAAAACUUAAUAAUGUUGCUUUUGCAAUUCCAUUAGGAGCUGAUCAAAUACUUUUACGUGGUUCACAGUUAAAAAAUACAGCAUGGAUUUAUGGACUUGUUAUUUAUAGUGGACAUGAAACAAAAUUAAUGAUGAAUUCAUCUUCUGUGCCUUUUAAACGAACUAAUGUUGAACAAGUGACUAAUAGUCAAAUUUUAUUUUUACUUGGACUUUUGAUUGUCUUAUGCUCAUUCAGUACAAUAGCUGGAGAAAUUUGGAAUCAUAGAAAUAAAAUAUCACAUUGGUAUCUUGGAUUAACGCAACUUAGUGAAGAUAAAACAGCUAGUACAGUACCGAAUAAUUUUGGUUAUACAUUCUUAACAUUCUUUAUUUUAUUUAAUAAUUUAAUUCCGAUUUCAUUACAAAUAACAAUUGAUCUUGUUAAAUUUAUUCAAGCAUAUUUCAUUAAUUGGGAUAUCGAUAUGUAUGAUCGAGAAACUGAUACACCAGCAAGUGCAAGAACAUCGAAUUUAAAUGAAGAACUUGGACAAGUAAAAUAUAUCUUUUCGGAUAAAACGGGGACAUUAACAAAAAAUGUUAUGGUUUUUAAACAAUGUUCUAUUGGUGGUAUUAUGUAUGGAUCUGGAAAUGUUGUAGAAUUCAAUAGUUAUGAAUUACUGAAAAAUUUAGAACAGCAUAGUACUGCUGAUCAAAUUCGAGAAUUCCUUACUCUUCUUGCAACAUGUCAUACAGUGGUACCAGAAAAUAAAAUGCAUACGGAUUCUUUCAAUGAUAUUGUUUAUCAAGCAUCAUCUCCAGAUGAAUAUGCAUUAGUAACAGCAACAAAAGAUAUGGGCGUCGUAUUCUUUCGUCGUACACCCGAUAGUGUGAUUGUUAACUUUCGAGGUGAAGAAGAAAAAUAUGAAAUUUUAAAUGUAUUAGAAUUCAGCAGUGAUCGUAAACGAAUGAGUGUUAUUGUUCGAACACCAAAAAAUGAAAUAAAAUUAUAUUGUAAAGGCGCUGAUAAUGUUAUUAUGGAACGUCUUGUAUCAGAUGAUCUUAAUGUUCCAUUAACAACGGAACAUUUAGAAAGUUUUGCUAAAGAUGGUCUUCGUACAUUAUGUCUUGCUUAUCGAAUAUUACCAAAUGAUGAAUAUAAUGAAUGGUUCAUUCAAUAUCGUGAAGCAUCAACUGCAAUUAAUAAUCGACAUGAAUUAGUUUCUGAAGUAGCUGAAAGAAUUGAAAAAAAAUUAAUUUUAUUAGGCGCUACUGGCAUUGAAGACAAAUUACAAGAUAAUGUUCCAGACAGUCUUUCAAUGCUUUUAAAAGCUGGUAUAAAGAUUUGGGUAUUAACUGGUGACAAAAAAGAAACAGCAAUAAAUAUUGGUUAUUCAUGUAAACUUUUAUCUGAUCAAUUACUUAAUUUAACACUUGAUGAAGCAACACUUGAUGAUACUCGACGACAAUUACGUGAACAUUGUCUCACAUUUGGUGAUUCAUUACGUAAAGAAAAUCUCGCAUCACUUAUUAUUGAAGGAAAAACACUUAAAUAUGCCUUAUCACCACCAUGUCGACAAGAUUUUCUUGAUUUAGCGAUUUCAUGUAAAACAGUUAUCUGUUGUCGUGUUACUCCAAAACAAAAAGCUGAAGUUGUUGAACUUGUUAAACGAUCAACAGAUGAUAUAACAUUAGCAAUAGGUGAUGGAGCAAAUGAUGUUGGUAUGAUACAAACAGCACAUGUUGGUGUUGGUAUCAUGGGUCGAGAAGGUGUACAAGCUGCAUUGGCAUCAGAUUAUACAAUUGGACAAUUUAGAUUUUUAACUAAAUUAUUAUUUGUUCAUGGUGUUUGGAGUUAUCGUCGUUUAUGUAAAGUAUUACUUUAUUCAUUCUAUAAAAAUAUUUGUCUUUAUGUUAUGGAGCUUUGGUUUGCACUUCAUAAUGGAUUUUCUGGACAAAUUUUAUUUGAACGAUGGACUAUCGCAAUUUAUAAUGUUUUAUUUACAGCAGCACCACCAAUGGCACUUGGAUUAUUGGAUCGAUGCUGUAGUGCCGAAACUAUGAUGAGAUUUCCAGCUAUGUAUAAGAUGUCACAAAAUAGAUCAGAUUUUAAUAUUAAAUAUGUCAUCUUUGUUGUUUGUCUUAAAGCGGGACUUGAAAGUGAUUCAUGGACAUUCCUUACACAUAUUGCUAUUUGGGGAAGUAUUGCAUCAUGGUUUGUGUUUUUUAUAAUAUACAGUAAUAUAUGGCCAACGAUACCAUUAGCACCAGAAAUGCGUGGUAUGGCAAAAUAUGUUUUUUCAAGUCUGUACUUUUGGCUUGGUUUAUUAUUAAUUCCAAUAACUGCAUUAUUGGCUGAUUUUAUCUACAAUUGUUUACAAAGAACUUUAUAUAAAACAUUAAUGCAAGAAGUACAAGAAAAAGAAGUUGCAAAUCAAGAUCCAUAUGAUUUAGUUAUGGCACGACAAACAUCAACAGUAUCACGUGUUGCUGAACGAUUAGCAUUAUUAAAAAGUGUUUUCAUUCGAACACGAACACCGAAAAUGUCAGGAAUUAUUCCUGGGCCUUACCAUGGUUUUGCUUUUUCACAAGAAGAAGACGGUGUUGUUCCACAAGAUCAAUUAAUUCGAAAUUAUGAUACCAAUGCUGAAAAACCUUCAGGAUACUAA